CUGGCCACUAUACAUUUAACUUGCCCGGUGCUCUUGCUGUGGAGAUGACUGGGACACACUAAAUAAAGCUGAAUCACUAAAGAGUGCAAGGUUCGAAGGGCGAUGUUGUCAGUGUUCGUCAGGUCAGCGCUCACCAAAUACAGGAGAUCCUGGCUGCCCGGUCCGACUGUGGUCAGGGCCAUGUCGUCCUCGGGUGGUGCCGUAUCUCCUUACACCACCCUGGCCAUCAGUCACCCAGCAGAGUCCAUCACACACGUAGAGCUGCACCGCCCUGAGAAACGCAACGCCAUGAACAAAGCUUUCUGGAGUGAAAUGGUGGACUGCUUCAAUGAGAUAGCUGUGGACCCAGGCUGCAGAGUGGUCGUGGUUUCUGGAGCUGGGAAGGUCUUCACCGCCGGUAUCGACCUGAUGGACAUGGCCAGCGACGUACUCAUGCCAGAGGGGGAUGACGCCGCCAGAAUCGCCUGGAACAUGAAAAGAGUAAUCGCCAAGUAUCAGGAGACCUUCUCCGUCAUCGAGAAGUGUCCAAAGCCUGUUGUAGUGGCCGUCCACGGAGCCUGUGUUGGGGGAGGUGUUGAUCUGAUCACAGCCUGUGACAUCCGCCUGUGUACGCAGGACGCCUGGUUCCAGGUUAAGGAAGUUGAUAUUGGACUUGCUGCAGAUGUCGGAACUCUCCAAAGACUUCCAAAAGUCAUCGGCAGCCGCAGCCUAGUGAACGAGUUGGCUCUGACUGCCAGAAAGAUGUUCGCCGACGAAGCCAAGAGCAGCGGACUGGUCAGCCGAGUGUUUGCAGAUAAGGAGGUCAUGAUAGUAGCAGCUCUGGAGAUGGCCCAGGAGAUUGCUGGUCGCAGCCCUGUAGCCGUGCAGGGCACCAAAGUCAACCUGAUCUACUCCAGGGACCACAGUGUGGCCGAGGGACUGGACUACAUGGCUAACUGGAACAUGAGCAUGCUUCAGACUCAGGACGUGAUGAAAUCCGCCCAGGCCUCCAUGGAGAAGAGGAGUCCAAAGACUAUAACCUUCUCCAAACUCUAAAACCUCCAAACAGAAAAUGAUUUCCUUGCCGUCGCCUCUGUGGGGAAAACGGGAGGAAACACAUGGAAUUUGGUCUUUCUAAAACUCAUUUAGUGAUCCGUGGCCAUAUGAAGAUGAUUUGUUGUGACAUUUUAUGUUACUUUCCAAUAGCUACUAGUAAAUGAUGAAACCAAUACACUGACUGUUUUGAUUGUCCUGUUAAGGAGUUAUGUUAGCUGUGCAUAGGUAUACCAGGAUGUAUGCGAGCAGUGAUAUGCUCAAUUGCUGUAUUAGCCCAUCCUAUAAUACUCAUACCAUCUGUUAAUUUUGUGCAUUGUUAUGCAUCAAUUAGUUCUUUCGUGGAAAGAGCAACGUUUUUGCCAACGCACCCAUACGGGAUCAGUAACAACUACAGUCAUUUUGCACUGUGACUGUAGAUUAUCUGAAUUUUCCUUUUAAGAAAUGGAGGCUUAAAUCAACUGGAAAUAUGAUUCCAAAGAUUUGUGUCAUCGUCUGUGUAAAGUCUGAAACAGAAGUUGUUUUUUUUCAAUAAACUAACCAAUUAUAAGUCAGUGUUAAAUUAUGAAUCUAUCUGCCCCCCCCAGGGGACUGAAAUAUAAGUGAAUCGGCAACUUUUUGUGAUCAAGCUAGUUUACAAAUAAAAAGUGCAAGAAAGGAAUUUAAAUAACUUAAAAUGCUUUAUUUAUAAAAACUUAACGUAGAAGAUACGUAGUCACUACGUCUGCUUGGCCCGAAGCUUCUGUAAGGUUUUCUGUAAAGAGAUAAGCAGGAUAUUCAGGUGAAUAAAACUACAGUUUGGUGCAUAAUA